GGCACCGAGCAGAGACCACUCAGGUUGUCACUCCAGGUGAUCAUGAAUACCAUUAAAGCCAUUAAGAAUGCAAUAGUGUGUCUGGUCGUGCUGCCCCGGUUUCUGAUGGCAGCUGUCAUGUUCUGGCUGCUGGACUUUCUAUGCAUAAGGAAGCGGGUUUUCUUCAGGAUGAAGGAGCAGGAGGGCGAUGCCAUCGACCCCCCUCUCUGCAUAUCGGACUCCAAUCGUCUCUUCAGCAUGGAGUCCCUCAAGGCGGUGUGGCACGGGCACAAGCUGGACUUCCUGAAGGCUGCGCAUCUCGGACACGGUGCGCCCAACACUGAAGUUGUCCAGCUGGAGGAUCAGAAGCGCAGCCGCAUCCUCGAUUACGCAGAGGACAAGAGACCGCUCAUCCUCAACUUUGGCAGCUGCACCUGACCGCCGUUCAUGGCGCGGCUCAAGGCUUUCCAGGGAGUCGUGCAGCAGAACGCGGACAUCGCGGACUCUGUGGUGGUGUACAUCGAGGAGGCGCACCCCUCCGACGGCUGGAUGAGCACGGACGCGCCCUAUCAGAUCCCCAAACACCGGUGUCUGGAGGACCGGCUGCACGCUGCGCAGCUGAUGCACCUGGAGGUGCCCGGCUGCCGGCUGGUGGUGGACAGCAUGGAAAACUCCUCCAACGCCGCGUACGGUGCUUAUUUCGACAGACUUUAUAUCCUGCAGGAGGGGAAGAUUGUGUACCAGGGGGGCAGAGGACCUGAGGGGUACCGGAUCACAGAGCUCAGAGACUGGCUGGAUCAAUACAGAGAAAGAACGGAACAACCUAACAAUGAAGUUAUUAGUGUGUAGAUUUAUUCUACCCUUUUAGAGCUGCUAUGAUGAAAACAAAUGCUGCAGAUUUUUCAGUAUUAAACCCAUUUUAGAUAGUCUGUAAUGAUUAACUGUAUUUAUUUUUUAUUUGUCUGUAUGUUAGACUCCUUCCUGUCAUUUUUGGAUCAUCAUAAAUCAUCCUGUUAGGAUCCAUCCACAGAGGCUAGUUUGUACGGACCAUGUUUUCCUGUGAACAAAAGUAUUUUGUGCGUCAAAAGUUUUUUUGUUUUUAUGUCUUCUCCUCAUGAUGAAGCGCCUCAAGAGAAUCAGCCAGGACGGAGAGAUGUGCGCAUCACUGUUGCUCGUCGGUAUUAAUGUGAAGUUCGGUUUUUAAACGGGCUCAAUCCACAGAACCGAAACUGAUGUUUUUUUUAUACUGGGGGGACACGGUGAAGCUGCGCAGAUCUCCGCCCUGCACAGGCGCAUAAUGGUUU